AUGGACUUCCUAGCACCACGCAUGAACAAAAUGGCCCUCCUCGCGCUACAGGAAAGCGAUAGCCCCAUGGAGGCCCUCCAGGGCAUCAUUCUCUUAUGCCAUUGGCCCGUACCAACAAGCUCCAUGUACAAGGACAUGACCCAAAUGCUGAGCGGCGCUGCCCUGCAUCUAGCUAUGCAGAUUGGUCUUCACGUUGUAGGUACUGGUCAAGACUUUGCUCGUACCGUCUUACCUUCGAAUGCCGACCGUUCUUCCAGAGCCUUCAGAGCCCAGCUGUGGACCCGAUGUCUCAUCACAUACCAUAGCACGAGCUUGCGUCAGGGAAUCCUACCGUUGAUUCUUCUAGACUCUCCCCAGGUGAGGCUCUCGGACGUAGAUCUCACUAUGCAGCUUCCAGAUGAUCUCAGGACUCACCGACAGAUGCACAAGAUCUUGAUGGAGGCGACUGGCUCUUUAGUGAGGCUAAUCCCGCUAGUUGGAUCCAACUCCCAGUCCGAACUGAACCCCUUUAUCAGCCUCUAUGACGCACAAUUUCAACAAAUAGCAGCAGAUAUCAGGUCUACUAUAAAUACGAUAUACCUUCACUGCUAUCGCAUCCAUCUCCUGGCAUAUCACUUCCUGGAUUGCCCUAGUCCAAAUAAUGAUGGGUUAAUCAGCCUUUAUAUUAUAUCCUGCAAACUAUUCGAGUCUUUGACUUCCCAGGAUGAGUCCACCGGGUUUUCCAGGGCGUGUCCGGAGUUCAUCUACAAGACAACACUCCUCGCUGCCAUAUCUAUUCUUAAAAUCCAGAAGAGCGAACUCGUGCGUCACGUUAACUCUGCCUCGGGCGAAAAAGCUUACUUUUCCGCCAUCUACCUGUGCCAGAGGGCAUCUUUUCAGAGCAAUGACCUCGGUGCACGAGGCGUCACUAUCCUCGGACAGAUGUGGACGAGCAAGAAUAUGUACCGGCAACCGGAUGGGCGCGUCGACAGCCUAAGUACACGUAUCCGGAGCCGGCUAUCUAUGAGUGUUGUCUUCGACAGUUUUUGGUGGUGGCGGGUUGAGUUCAAUGGGCAGACAAGCCCUUAUCCGGAGCAGAACCAAAUUUCGCCUGCGCAACUAGAUACGGCAGCGGGUUCGAACGUGUCCCGACAACCCGAAGCGUCCAUAACACAAGCUAUAGAUUUUCCCCUGGAUGGCAAUAUGGACAUCAUGCCAUUGGAUGAACCCUUCCCCGACUUUGACUGGGCUGUCAAUUUCGAGUUUUUAGACCAAAACUAG